AUGUGGAAAGUAAUCACUAACAAGUUAAGGAGAGGAAGCACUAAAAGCAUGGUUCAUACGCCAGAGGAGAAGCAGGAUCAAAACUUCUCUAAUUCAGCUGGUUUUCUCGAGACCUUCAAGCAGCUUCAAGAGGGAGAAAAGACGGCUGAAAAGCUUGAAAGUAUGCUUGACAAGCUUGAAGGAAAACUCGAAGAGCUACUUUCGCAGGCCGAUGCUGUGAUCCAAGAACCCCACAAUAAGCCAGCCAACUCGAAACCAGAGUCCAGAAUUGACGCUCAAGGUAAAACUUCAAAUUAA